CGGUUGACCGUUUCCAGUUGAACGGGUUAACCCUGUUCUCCAGAAACAUCUUCUCUUACGUACCGGGGGCUGUUUACGACCGCACGAUGUACGAGGUCACCAUCGCGGUGUCCGAUGGCAAGCACACCACCGAUGUGGUGGCUUACAUAUACGUGGUUCCAUGGUCCACCACCGUGCCUACCACCACCACUACCACCACGCCUAAGCCUCCUCAGGUAGUAACGGUAGUGCAGGAGUUUUGGGACCCAGACCAGUGGUUUGUGGCAGUUAUGACUGUAACUGGGGCCCUGCUCCUGCUCUUUCUGGGCCUGCUGAUCUGGAAGAUCCUGACAUGGACUUCCGUUUGUGUACCAACAAAACCUGAAGUGUCAGACAAUCUGCUGAAGAACAACCUGGAUGGUGAAGACCUCAAUAAAACUGGGAGUCAAGAUGCAGCCAUUGAGAACUACCAGUCAUCACUAGAUGGCAGCAUUAGCCUUUCCAAAGAAAACUCAAAGAGUCUCUUGAGAUUUGACGGGAAAGCUGAAGAUCCAGUGUCUGGACGGAGCUAUCUGUUUAACUCCAGCACAGGGGAGAGACGCUGGCUGUAGUGGACCCUCCUGUUCUCUCUGCACACCAAACAUGGAAAACAGUCUGUGUGCUGUGACGUGUGGCAUGGCUACUGAUUAAUGACAAAAUGUAUCGUGUGUCCUCUGAUUUUUAGGGUUUAUCAUUGUGCGUGAAAUGAUUGACUGCUUAGUAAAACACAGACAUUUUGUCUGAACCAGAGAUAACAGAAUAAUAUAAUCAUAUUGUUUUUCAUGGGACAUGUGGGUGUUUCCAAUGUGAAUAUAAACAAUAAAUGUAACAUAGAAAAUGCUUGGAAUUCUUGCUAUAAAUUUGAAUGAAAUGUGAACAAUUGAAAGGUAAAAUAAUCUAAUAUUUAAAAUGCCAGAUGGACAAACUGUGAAAUGCACACUUAUCUUUAUAUCUCCCAUUAUCCUUUCUCCCCUCACUUGUCUGAUUACUGCAACAUCCUCUGUUGAUUCAGCAGAGCACCUCUCUACCAAAAUCCCUGCAACUUGUAGCCAACCACAGCUGCACAUCCCCUACUCAGGAGGAUCAGCUUAAACAGUGCAUAUGGAGUGCAUGCGUCUGCUCAACCAGAGGGGUCGCUAUUGCACAAUGAGGUGGAACAAUUCUAUCACACAACAAUGCUAUUCAACUAUGCAAGAUGAUGUCAUGGGCUCAUUCCAACGGCUCGUUCUAUUCGUCCUUGGGUGCGUCACCCGCCCAAAGAAAUGAUCCCUUCCUCCACUCAUCUCCUUCCUGCAUACUUCCAGAUAAUAGAUGAGGUGAUAGUGGAGGAAAGGAUGAUGGAUUUUUUUGGUCCUUGACUAACCCGGAUUAAGGUCCUCCUCCUG